GUCCGCACCCGGCAGGUCCCCACGGCACCUGCUGCGCCUUCCUCGCCGCUCCCCAACCUCCAGCCUCCCCACCUCUGAAAACCACCAGUCCUCCCGCACCCCCCGGCGCCCCUUUCCCUGGAACGUGCGGAGGCGGGAGAGGAGGAAGGCAGGAAGGGGGUGGGGAUCUAGAGAGAUGGUCCCAGCCUUCCCCGCCCGCCGGCCGCCACCCCCACCCCAACUCGGCAGCCGUCACGUGGUGCCUGGAGUGGGAGGUGGGGAGAAAAGGCGAGACUUUUGUGGGUGCUCCGGAUCGCCAGUAGUUCCUUCAGUCUCAGCCACCAACUCCGGAGGCGCGGCGCUCGGCCCGGGAGCACGAGCGGGAGGAGCCGAGACCCGCAGCCCGGAGCCCGAGCGCGGGCGAUGCAGGAGCCGCGAGCAGCACCUGCGGCUCCUCUCGGCACAGACCGUCGGCUCCGCGGCAGCAGCGCGGGCCCCAGCAGCCUCGGCAGCCACAGCCGCUGUGGCCCGGGCAGCCUCCGCUGCGGUCGCCUUCUCUGAUGCACCGGUCCGCUCCCGGCCGCGGGACUCCGGGAGGAUGUGGGUCCUAGGCACCGCGGCAACUUUUUGCGGAUUGUUCUUGCUUCCAGGCCUUGCGCUGCAAAUCCAGUGCUACCAGUGUGAAGAAUUCCAGCUGAACAACGACUGCUCCUCCCCCGAGUUCAUCGUCAACUGCACCGUGAACGUUCAAGACAUGUGUCAGAAAGAAGUGAUGGAGCAAAGUGCCGGGAUCAUGUAUCGCAAGUCCUGUGCAUCAUCAGCCGCCUGUCUCAUCGCCUCUGCCGGGUACCAGUCCUUCUGCUCCCCAGGGAAACUGAACUCAGUGUGCAUCAGCUGCUGCAACACCCCUCUUUGCAACGGGCCAAGGCCCAAGAAAAGAGGCAGUUCUGCUUCUGCCCUCAGGCCAAGGCUCCCCACCACCAUCCUGCUCCUCAAAUUAGCCCUCUUUUCAGCCCACUGCUGAAGCUGAAGGAGAUGCCACCCGCUCCUGCAUUGUUCUUCUGGCCAUCCUUUUAUUCUGGGUAGGGAGCAGGAGUCCGUGUUCUCUUUUUGUUCCUUUGCAAAUAAUGAAAGAGCUCCGUGUAAAGCAUUUGUGUAAGCUCUAAAUGAAUUCGGGCUGACUGAAUUUUCAGUAUGUACUUGAAGGAAGGAGGUGGAGUGUAGGUUCACCCCUACGUCUGUGUAACCAGAGCCAAGGCCAGGCUGGCACAGUCAGCCCUUAGAAGUCACUGAGGUGGGCAAUGCCUUUUGCAGAGCUGCCAGCGUCCAUUCCACCCCUGAUGGGGGGCAUAGUUUAUUUUGAGACUGCAGGGUGAGGGUGACAUUGUUUUCUUGGGGGUGGAGGGCCAGUUCCCACUCAAGGCUUCUUUACUAGAUGUUCAAACUUCAUGCUCCGGAAAACCAUUCUCUGCAGCAGCAUUGCCUGGUUUUGCACCUGAGUUGGGCUCUAGUGACUCCAGACUCAGUGGCUGGGGCUUAGACUGGGGCUCGGCCUCGCUCUGAAAAGUGCUUAAGAAAACCUUGUUAGUUCUCCUUGCAGAGGACUGGCGCCAGGACGCGAGGAAGAGCAGGGGGUGCUGCGCAGAGCGGGCGCUGUCCAUGGUGGAGAGCGCUUGGGCGCGCAGGCGCUUCUCGUGGUUGGCAUGCCGCAGCGACAACCGACAGCACAACACCUGCGCGAACACCCGGCGGAACUGCUGCGAGGACACCGUGUACAGGAGCGGGUUGAUCACCGAGCUGAGGUAGAAGAACGUGUCCGAGAAGGGGAGGAGGAUCAUGUACGCCCGGAAGUAGGACCUCGUCCAGUUGUGCUUGGGUUUGGCUGCGGCCAUGAUCCUGCGAAUCUGGUUGGGCAUCCAGCAUACGGCCAGUGUCACAACAAUCAGCCCUGGGCAGGCACCAGCAGGAGGGAGAGACAGAGAGAACAACACAGCAUGAGAACGCGGUAAAUAAAUAAACAAAACCAUAAAGAUAUUUAGCCCCUCCGUUCUGUGCUUACUGGCCAGGAAACGGUACCAAUUUUUCAGUGUUGUGCUUGACAGCUUCUUUUGCCAUGAGCAAAAGAGAAUUUAACACUGGUUCAAACGCGGGGGAGUCGGCCGUGUUAAAGACCAUUAAAUGCUUUAGACAGUGUA